AUGAUGGUGGCAAUGGGUGAGGCCGAGAUGAGGAAGAACAACCCCGUGGCGGCCCUGAGCGAGAUGAUGGACACGAUCGAUGCCUCGCCCAAGACUGUGGUAGCAGCUCUCAACGGUCCAGCCUUGGGUGGUGGCUGCGAGGUGAGCUUGGCGUGCCACUACCGUGUUGCGGCGCCGAAGGCAUCCGUUGGCUUUCCGGAGGUGAACCUGGGCUUGCUGCCGGGUGCACAGGGCACUCAGCGGCUGCCUCGCGUGGCCGCUCUCCCUGUAGCGCUGCCGAUGAUCUUGCAGGGACGUCCCAUGAAUGCAGAAGCCGCAAAGAAGAACGGCAUCAUCGACGCGGUCGCCAAAGGAGAUGUGGUGGAUGAGGCUGCAGAGUUUGCGCUCACGCAUCCGCCAGCCCCCAUCUCCAAGCGAGAGGUGCCUAAGACCAACCGUUUCAUGAUGGCAGCCGGAGGCCCAUGCCCGGUUGUGCCUCCGGAGACUUCGAGCUUUGUACAUGUCCUGUGCAUGUUCAUGGAUUCUUUUGCACUUGCAGGUUUGGAGGGGGCAUUGAACACGGCCUUCAACGCACAGCCUUUGAUGGUGGCGCCUGGCGGCAUCAUCAAGUGUUUCGAGGCUGCCUGUUCGGGCAAGAGCUUCAGAGAGGGCGUGGCCGUCGAGAUGGAGGAGUUCACGAAGCUGGUCUUCUCUGUGCAAUCAGCCGCUCUGAGACACCUCUUCCUGGCCGAGCGCAUGGCGCAGAAAGUUCCUGGCGUCAAUGAGAAGCCAGCUCCGCUGAAGAAGAUCGGCAUUCUGGGUGCCGGACUCAUGGGCGGCGGCAUCGCCAUGUGCUUCGUGCAGAAGGGAAUUCCUGUUGUCUUGAAGGAUGCGAAGCAGGAGUGGCUGGAUGAUGGCAUGAAGAAGAUCCAGGGACUCUGGGGUGGUCAGGCCAAGAGGGGCCGAUUGAGCCAGGACAAGUACAAGCAGUACAUGAGCCUUCUGAAGCCGACUCUCGACUAUGCCGACUUCAAGGAUGUGGACAUGGUCAUUGAGGCGGUUCCAGAAAUUAUGGACCUGAAGAAGCAGGUGUUCCUCGACAUUGAGAAAAACACCAAGCCGGAUGCUCUGAUCUGCACCAACACAAGCGGGCUGAACAUCGACGAUAUCGCAGCAGUGCUCAAAGAUCCUUCUCGUGUCAUGGGAACCCACUUUUUCUCACCCGCCAACGUGAUGCAGCUGCUUGAGAACGUGCGAACAUCCAAGUCCAGCACCAAAACGUUGGCCACCGGAAUGGCCAUGGGCAAGCUGAUCAGCAAGAAGGCGAUCAUGGUGGGCAACUGCGAUGGCUUCGUCGGCAACCGAAUGCUUGCGCCGUAUGCUGGGGAGGCGAAGAUGGUCCUGGAGGAAGGUGCCAGCAUCGAGCAGGUCGACGCCGCGGCGCAGAAGUUCGGCAGCCCGGCGGCAGCCCAAAGAGUGCAGGCAGAGCGAAGAGGCAAGAAAUGGAGACUGCUGGAAGGCAUGGCCAUGGGUCCGAUGGCCUUGGGUGACUUGGUGGGCUUGGAGCUUUUCUGGAAGCAGCGGAAGGCGGCCGGUGACAUGCAGAAGCAGACCAAGACCUACUAUGGUCCGUAUGAGCUGACGGACCAUCCGCGAGUUCAGUUUGUUGUGACACCUUCGGACGGCUGUGAUGUGCAUGGUGAAUACAAGCACGCAUUGGAAGCCAGAGGCAGAUGGAAGCAGGUGGAGGAGGUUCAGGUGCCAAGCCUUGCAGAGGGAGAAACCGAGGCGUCAAAGUAUGCGGAUGCAUGCGGUUUGGAGGGAGGUUGUCGCCAGGCCAACGGCCGCGGCGUUUUCAUUCACCGUGGUCGCAGCAAGGAGGUGGAUCCCGAGGUCGUCGCAAAGCUGGAUGAGGUUCGCAAGGCGAAGGGCAUGACACCUCGGGCCGUUUCCGACGAGGAGAUUUGCGAGAGGCUCUUCUUCUCCAUGAUCAACGAGGGCUUCAAGAUCCUCGAGGAAGGGUAUGUGGCCCGAUCCUCGGACAUCGACCUGGCCUACAUCUACGGCUACGGCUUCCCCCCUGCCAAGGCCGGAAUCUGCACUUGGUGGAGUUAA